GUAUGGGGUCGUGCCCUCCCGGAAGUAGCCAGGACGCUAAAAGAUGGCGACUGGGCAACCAGGUACAGUGGGUGUGCCUACACGCUCCUACCUUUCCAGCCGUCUACAGCCGGAUUUUCACUUCUUUUGAACGAUCUAGACACACAGGUCAUCUUCAUGAUGUUUAAGACCAGUAGGAUAGACUUCAGCAGCCUGCCUGACCCCACCCCAGUCUGGGAGCUGGUGGACAACAUCGGGGUGGGCACGUAUGGAGAGGUCUACAAGGUACAGCACAAGAAAACAGGAGAAAUAGCAGCAGCUAAGAUAAUGGAGGAGGUGACAGAUAUAGAUGAGGAGAUCGAUGCUGAGUACCAGAUCCUGUGUCAGCACUCCAACCACAACAACAUCACCCGCUUCUACGGCAUGUACUACGCCAAGGGGGAAAGGAACAACUCAGGACAGCUCUGGCUCGUCAUGGAGUUGUGUACUGGGGGAUCAGUAACAGACCUGGUGAGAGGGAUGCUGAAGAGGAAGGAGAAAAUGGAGGAGGGCGUCAUCGCCUACAUCCUGAGGGAAGCACUCAUGGGUGUGGGUCACCUUCAUAAGCACCACAUCAUGCAUCGUGAUGUCAAGGGCAGUAAUAUACUACUCACAGAGGAGGCCAACAUUAAACUGGUGGAUUUUGGUGUGUCAGCCCAGGUGUCUCACACCAGAGAACGGAGGAACACGUCAGUCGGCACACCUUACUGGAUGGCUCCUGAGGUUAUCGCCUGUGAGCAGCAGUUGGAUUAUAACUAUGACAUGAGGUGUGACACGUGGUCUGUCGGAAUCACCGCCAUCGAGCUGGCUGACGGAGAGCCGCCAUUGGCUGACCUGCAUCCAAUGAGAGCUCUUUUCAAAAUUCCCAGAAACCCCCCAUCCUCAAUGAAGCAGCCAGAAAUGUGGUCAACAACUUACAGGGAUUUUGUUGCAAGGUGUUUGGUGAAGGAUUUUGAGCUGAGACCGUCGGUAGCGGAGCUACUGAAACAUCCAUUCUUAACACAGAUCGGAGAUGACACGUCUGUGGUUCGUAAGCAGCUGUUAGACCAGAUGGAGAUCAACGUUCGUCUGGGGAAGGUCCAGCCUCACGUACCUGUCACCACAAAGCACGGCCUUUUCAAGUCCUGCCGCAGAAAGACCCGAAUGUACUUUGUGGAUGAUCUGGCAACAUUGGAAGCCUUAGAUGAGGAUAUCAUAGUGGAACACCUGCACCAACGCUACAAGAGAGAACAGAUCUACACUUACGUUGGAGACAUUCUCAUCGCUGUCAACCCUUUCCAGGACCUGGGCAUGUACACUGAUGAGUACUCUGAGGUGUAUCGAGGAGCAGCCAAGCAGGACAAUCCUCCCCACAUCUUUGCUAUAGCAGACGCAGCCUACCAGGCCAUGGUACAUCACAAACACAACCAGCUCAUGGCAAAUAGCGUACAGGACCGACCGUGGCACGGGAUGGGGCGCAGACACGGAACACAACCCAAUCAUCACUGCCUUGUGAUCAGUGGUGAGAGUGGUGCAGGGAAGACAGUCAGUGCCAACUUACUGGUGCAACAACUCACACAGCUCGGAAAGGCCAGUAACAGAGCCCUGGAGAGAAAGGUACUACAGGUUAACCCACUUCUCGAGGCUUUCGGCAACGCGCAAACUGCCAUCAACGACAACUCCUCACGCUUUGGCAAGUACCUGGAGAUGAUUUUCACGGGCGCGGGGGCCGUCACAGGAGCGCAGCUGUCGGAGUACCUGCUGGAGAAGUCAAGAGUCGUGAGCCAGGCGCCGGGAGAGAGCAACUUCCAUAUUUUCUACUACAUCUUUGCUGGACUGGCCAGAAAGGAUGGUUAUCUGUUAGAGCCAACAAAUACAUACAGGUACCUGUCCAAUGAUGUCGGCAGUAUGGCAGCCAUAGCACAGGACCCAAACAACAGGGAACGUUUUGAUGCCAUCCAUGAAUGUCUAGAAACCAUUGGAUUCAGUGGAGAGGAGAUCCACUCUGUGUACAGCAUCUUGGCAGGAAUUCUACAUGUGGGGAACAUAGAGUUUGCCAACGCUGACUACGAACACACAACAGCCAACAGUUAUGUGGUCAACCCAAAGACACUCAACAAGGCUUCCACCCUUCUCGCGGUGAACCCUGAGGAACUCCGUGACGCGCUGACGACCCACAGCGUGGUGGCCCGCGGCGAGACCAUCGUCAGGUACAACACCGUGGACGAGGCGAAGGACGUGAGAGACGCCAUGGCUAAGGCCCUGUACGGACGACUGUUCGACUGGAUCGUAAACAAGAUCAACACACUGCUGAGGCCUAAUAAGGACAACGGUGUGGAGACUUGUGUCAUCGGCAUUCUCGACAUUUUUGGGUUCGAGAACUUCAAAAGGAAUUCAUUUGAACAACUGUGCAUCAACAUUGCCAACGAGCAGCUGCAGUACUACUUCAACCAGCACAUCUUUGCCUGGGAGCAGGCUGAGUACAAACAGGAGGGAAUCGAGGCCAGCGCCGUCAUGUACGAGGACAACCGGCCGCUGCUGAACAUGUUUCUGGGGAAACCGCUGGGCAUGCUCGCGCUAUUGGACGAGGAGUCCCGCUUUCCACAAGCUUCUGACCAAUCACUGGUUGAAAAGUUCAACAAACACAUCAGUAGCCAGUACCACUGGACACCUAAAGGAUCAGGUCUGGUGUUUGGGGUGCAGCACUAUGCAGGGAAGGUUGUGUAUGAUGCUAAGGACUUCCUGGAGAAGAACCGUGACUACCUGGCGCCCGAUGUCGUCCUGCUGCUCCGACAGUCGGAGAGGAAACUCAUCCGCUCGCUCUUCCUCAACCCUCUCACUAAGACAGGUAACCUGGCAAACACCAGGGGGAGCAACGGUACCUCAGGCCAGCCUCGAGUCAGCCACGUCAGGAUCAGGCCGAUCAACGCUUCCAAUAGCAAGAACAACACAACAGAACUGCUGAGUCCAGAAGACAGUGUGGGAAGGACACAACAGACUGUAGCACUGUACUUCAGGUACUCCCUGAUGGACUUACUGCAGAAGAUGGAGACAGGAAUGCCCAUGUUUGUCAGGUGUAUCAAGCCCAACAAUGACAAGAUUCCGGGGCAGUUUGAUAUUGAGAAGGUCUUGAUACAGCUGAGGUACACGGGAGUGUUGGAGACCACACGGAUACGCAGGGAGGGGUACUCUCAUCGUAUCGCCUUCCAGGACUUUGUUAGAAGGUAUGCUAUGGUGGCCUACAGCCCUGGUAAGGAGGUUCCCCCCAGUAAGCAGACGUGUCAGCAGAUUCUACAGAACUGUCGGAUGGAGAACUGGAGACUGGGCAAGACCAAGGUGUUUCUGAAGUACUACCACGUGGAACAGCUGACGAGGCAGGUGGAACAGGUGCACCACCGGAUCGUGCUGGUGCAGGCACAGGUGCGCAGGUGGCUCCACAUGCGCAGGUACAGGAGAUACCGUCAGCAGAAGAACAGCAGUGUGCUUCUGCUACAGAGAGUUGUUCGUGGAUGGCUGGUGAGAAAGAAAUAUCAGACUACAGUCAGACAGAGGCAGACUGCUGCAGUCACUAUACAAAAAGCAUACAAAGGCUACAGAGCCAGGAGAAGAUACACGUCAGAGCUGACCCAGAGGAAGCACUCUGCUGUGGUCCUACAGUCUAUCAUACGGGGGUUCCUGGCCAGGAAACAGCUACAGAGACAGAGGGCAGAGUCUGUGUGGAAGAAGAUUAUGGACAGGAGAGAGUAUGCUGUGUUGAUUAUGCAGAAGACAGUGCGCAUGUGGCUGUCCAAACGUCAGUACCAACAACUCAUGCAGCAGAACGGACGUAAGGACAUACAGAGGAUAUACUUCAUGCAACAGGUAGAAGAGUACGGACAGCAGGCCAUGGCAAACCAGCAGCGGUUAAACUCUCCCGUCUUCCAGGACGACAUCAGCGAGCAGCGGCUGCGGACAGAGUCUGAUGUUUCAGAACGUCUUCCAUUGGAGCGCAGCCGACAUGUGAAGAGAGGUGGAGCGGCGGUCAAGUCUCCCUGGUCACUCCAGGACGUGGCGUACUACGAAAACGUCACCUCAGAGAACGACGGACACAACUACAGGCGGAAAAUGUCCAAAACAGGACAAAUGAAGCAAGUGGUGAGCCCACAGGACGACGAGUACUAUCACAACCUGAAGAACAACGUCCAAUCAGAGGAGCGCAAACCUAUUGUGGUCAAACAACUCAUCAUCAUGAAACCAACCGACCAACCACUGCCCAUCCCCAACCACCAGCAAAAGACCAGUAUCACCAGCAGGUCUCCCCCCAACACACCCUCGUCCCCAGAGCCUGCACCUGUACCUGUACCUGUACCCAACCCUGUGCAGCAGCAGAUAGCUCAAGCAGCAGCGAACAAGCCAGUCCUGAGAAAAGUGCAACAAGCAGUAGCAAAACAGAAUGGAACGUCUGAGCCUGUCAUAUUUGACUUCCGCGGAAAACUGCGUAAAACCGGCAUCCCGCUAACCCCGCAUCCGGCAGAGGAGAGCAACGCGGUCGUACAACACGACUUCCGCGGGAACCUACGCAAGACAAGUCCUGAGGGAAACAUGCGGCCAAUGCAAGAAGUCGCAUAACGAAACAACACAUUGAAAGCUAGUGUUCAAUAGUUAGGGACCAAUUAGUUAUAUCACAGUGGGGUUGCAAAUUUCAUGACCUUUUAGUGUUUUUAAAAAAUCUUCCAAUGACAAUGACAACUAUGGUCUCAAAAUUUAGUUAUUGGAACAGAAAGAUACUAUAUCAUUUAGCUUAGCUCAAUUGGUUUUCAUAGAAUUUUAUAGCAAUGUAAUUGAGCUAGUCUUCCAACAAUUUAUUUUGAAGAAAGACACAAUCCUAGGAAAAGAUGUUUGUACUCAGUUUAAAGUGUGAAUAGUAAGGGACUGCAAAUCUUUAUCAAUAUUAGCAUUGAAACAUUGAUGACCUGCUCCCAUUGUAUUACAUGUACAUGUAUUAUCCUUUGCUUACACCUUGAUACUGUAAAUAUUUAAACUAUUGCAGUGGUUUUAUUUCCAGAGUGACCUCUAAAUCAUGAAUUAACAACUCUUUCAGUAUAUUUCCCCUUGUACGACUACUGUACUACAGAAAUGUCUGAACUGCAAUUCCGCAAAAAACUCUGAUUUCGUCCUAUCACUAAAUAAAACCACCGCAAAAGUAAACACAUUUACAGUAUCAGUUGUAACUUUUUAGAUCCUCCCCCACAAGUAAAUUAUGGGACUAUGUAGGUACAGUACAUGUAUGUUGCUCUUAUUCGGCACCCCUCUGUAGUGAAUGGUGUACAUGUCCGUGCCUUUCAGAGACUUUUCGUCUUUUGUACGAUGUAGAUCUUUCGGAUAUGCCAGAUUUCCUGAGGUGUAUCCCUCUCCUUUGAUCAUGAGGUCUACAUAAGCCAAUCUUUUAUGCCGCGGUAGCAGGCGUCUCUGAGUAUAGAAGAAUCAAAAGGCCAAUUUUUGUACAUUUUGGUAGUGUGUUAUGCUUUAGGUAUCUAGAUGGUGCAUUAAAGGGCUUGAGAAUAGGGCCUCUAUUAAAUGAAUGUACUGCAAAAUAGGACAGUCAUUGUAUAUUUGUAACACUUCUGUGAUCCGCCAAAAAAACAGUUACUCAGCAACUGGAUAUGAUUUCGGUCAAACUUCUGUGGUUCGUGUGCCUCACCAUUUGACCUGUCAUUGUGCCUGUCAAACUUCCCCACCCGCAUGCUGUCAACCUACUCUGUCUGGACAGACACACAACCCCACAGCUCAACAAUGGUUUUAAAGUACAAGCUUCGCUCACUCGAUGGUUCAUUCAAUGGCCAGACAUUAUGUCACCAUAAACACCUCUGGAUUCUGUACUAUGUAAUAGAUUGUCUAUUGAUAUAUUUACAGUUAGAUUCAGUCAGAAUCCCUCUGAGAGGGCAUCAUAUGAAUUCUUGUUAUAUGUCAGAGUUGUUGAAUUUGUAAAGAAUGAAUAAUACACAAAUAGAUAUUAUCUUAGAAAAUACCAUUCAUUAAGAUUUGUACAUAUUGUAUUUAAUUCUGCCAUAACUUCCAAGCAAGGUUUCAGAAUGCUUUUUAUGUUUGUCAAAAUAGACUUAUGAUACUAUGUUAAUGAGAAUAUUUGUAUUGUAUGACACAGGAAUAUUAAUGCCAUAUGCUGUAUGUUUUAAAAAGUUUAGAACUUCAUAUUAAGUGCCAGUAGGCAUCAGAUGUUUUUGUGUGGAACUUUUAAUUCCUAUUUUGUUAGAACUGGUAGUUGCAUAAUGUCAUAUCAAGCCAUGCUAAUAUAACAUUAUUUUCAAUAGAAUUCUAUUAGUCUUACUGAAUGAAGUUUGACAAAUGAACUGUAUAUUUUGAACAUUUUGGAAAAGAAUGCUGUUCAGGCUUUUUAUGUUAUUUUCAGAAGUAAACUUGCAGAAAUUUUAAUUUUAGCUUUAUCACAAAUGUUUAGGAAUAACGUUAAGUUGUAUAAAAAAUCUGUGCUUGUAACAUUGGACUGUGAAGUUCACUAUAUCAACUUUGAUAUCAUUGGGUGAAGUAAUUCUUGACACCAUUUUGUGUACAAAGUACAGCCAAUCGUAUCUAGUGUUACAAAGUCGCUUUAAUUUUUGAAUAAACACUGUCAGGUUUAUAUAUAAUACUGCAAAGCUGAAUUGAUAUUGUCUGACUCAAUGAACCUGUCAGAGAGGCUUUUUCGGCGCAAUAAAACAAUGAAACCUUUUUUUCGGCGCAAUAACGCUGUUUCAAUCCUUUUUAUAGUGUUGAAAUAUGCAUAA